AUGGCUAGCAAUCAGCCAACGAACGGUGGACAGGAUGAGCAGCUUGCCAAACAGACAUCGAAAUUGUCGAUGUCUUCGUUAAAGGCUCCCUCCUUUACCCCUACAGCUCCCGCCUUUGUGCCUUCUUUUCAGCGCCCUAGCGUUACCCCUCGAGAACAACCCAACGCGGCUGCUGGCUUUCCAUAUGGUCAAAACACGGGAACUCCAAACUCCAACAUGAGCUUCCAACAAUAUUAUCAAAAACCCGCUUCUCCAGCUGCUCAAGAGCAAUCUGAGGACAAGAACAGAGUUCCCGAUUUCUCUAAGAAGAAAUCAUUCGUCCCUGCUAAACCUGCUUUACCCAAGGGUAAGGUUUUGUCUCUUGGUGCCUCUUCUGGUGCUCAGAAGCCUGGCAAACCCGUCUCCAUUAGUUUAGGUGGUGCUAAACCUGCUGCUUCUACUACUAAGGAAGACACCCCUGAAAAGCCUACUGAGGCUGCACCUGCUCCUGCUCCUGCUCCUCAGAAAGCUGAAGCAAAGAAGCCUGCCGAGACUUCCGCCCCUGCUCCUGCUAAGCAAGCUUCUGACAAGAAACAGGCUCCCGCUGUUACUGAGUCUUCUACCGAAGCCGAAACCACCGUUGAUAGAGAAGUUUUACAAGAAAUGUAUGGCAAGGAACACGUUAACAUCGUCUUCAUCGGACACGUUGAUGCUGGUAAAUCUACUCUGGGUGGUAACCUUUUGGUUCUUACGGGUAUGGUUGAUAAGCGUACCAUGGAGAAAAUUGAGAAGGAUGCCAAGGAAGCUGGUAAAGAGUCCUGGGCUUUGUCUUGGGCCUUGGAUAGUACCUCUGAAGAACGUGAGAAGGGUAAGACUGUCGAAGUUGGACGUGCCUAUUUUGAAACUGAACACCGCCGUUUCAGUCUUUUGGAUGCUCCUGGUCACAAAGGUUAUGUGACUAACAUGAUUAACGGUGCUUCACAAGCCGAUAUUGGUGUUUUGGUUAUUUCUGCUCGCCGUGGUGAAUUUGAAGCUGGUUUUGAACGUGGUGGUCAAACUCGUGAACAUGCUGUAUUGGCUCGUACUCAAGGUAUUAACCACCUUGUCGUGGUUAUUAACAAGAUGGAUGAGCCCAGUGUACAAUGGUCAGAGGAGCGUUACAAGGAGUGUGUUGAUAAAUUGAGUGUUUUCUUGCGCCGUGUUGCUGGCUACAACUCCAAGACGGAUGUUAAGUACAUGCCUGUUUCCGCUUACACAGGCCAAAAUCUCAAGGAUCGCCUUGACCCUUCUGUCUGUUCAUGGUAUGAAGGACCUUCCUUGCUCGAAUAUCUGGAUACCAUGUCGCGCUUAGAGCGUAAAGUGAACGCGCCGUUUAUAAUGCCCAUUGCCUCCAAAUACAAGGAUUUGGGUACCAUUUUCGAAGGAAAAGUUGAGGCUGGUACAAUUAAGAAGAACCAAAACAUUCUUGUUAUGCCCAUUAAUCAGACACUUGAAGUCACUGGUAUCUACGAUGAAGCAGAUGAAGAAAUCCCAUCUUCUAUCUGUGGUGACCAAGUGCGUCUCAAGGUUCGUGGUGACGAUUCUGAUGUUCAAAGCGGUUAUGUGCUGACAUCUACUAAAAAUCCUGUCCAUGCUACCACUCGUUUUAUUGCUCAGAUUGCUAUUUUGGAGUUACCCUCUAUUUUAACUACAGGUUAUACUUGUGUUAUGCAUCUUCAUACUGCUGUUGAAGAAGUUUCCUUUGCUAAACUUCUCCACAAGUUGGACAAAACUAACCGUAAGAGUAAGAAACCUCCUAUGUUUGCUACUAAGGGUAUGAAGAUUCUUGCUGAAUUGGAGACCCAAACCCCUGUCUGUAUGGAACGAUUUGAAGACUAUCAAUACAUGGGUCGUUUUACCUUGCGUGACCAAGGUGCUACUGUUGCUGUUGGUAAAGUCAUUAAAAUCUUGGAGUAA